CCCCCAAACGGGACACGGUCGUCCGUCGCCUGGAACUUUCGAGCUGAAUGGGAGGAGCCUCCCUCCUUCCAUCAGCAUGGUUAGAGAGAGAGAGAGAGAGAGAGAUGGGUCCAAGACGAAGAUGGGGAAGAAGAGGGCAAUCUGCACUUAUUCCCCUUCAGAGGAGGACACAAACUCUUUCGCUUUCUUGCUGGUAUUGUGAGUACAAGACGUUCGUCUUCAACGAGAUGCUCCUUUCACUGGGAUUAAAAUACUCAAGAGUUGUAAUGCAGGCGAUCAACAUUCAAGCAACCAUGUAUCUGGAUAUGUAUGUGCUGAAAGAUGUCAUAUAUCCCCUGUGACUGCAGGAUUUUGAAGGUUUGGUUCAGUAUCGGACUUGGAUUCAGCUUGAUGGCAUUUAUUGGUGUUACAAUGGUCCUAGUUUGGCAAUUUGCAAAUGCAUUGUAUAUGUAUAUCCAGGGUAUGGCAGUGUGGGAUCUAACCAAUAACCAUUUGUUGCGUCAUCUGAUUUUGGCUCCUAGUUCAUGCACAUCUCUCGUAGAUGCUGGAUAUGUGAUAUUCUCAACAAUUUUGGCUGUGGCUAUUCAUGAAUUUGGCCAUGCUCUUGCUGCAGCAAGUGAGGGUUUGCGCAUUGAAUAUGUUGCAAUCUUUCUUGCAACAUUAUUUCCUGGGGCUUUGGUUUCUUUUGACAAUGAAGUGCUGCAGAGCCUACCACGCUGUACUAACCUUCGAAUUUACUGUGCUGGUGUAUGGCAUAAUGCAGUGUUGUCUGCAGCUUGUUGGCUUAUGCUGCUUUUCCUCCCAUUACUUCUAUCCCCCCUCUAUAUUCAUGGAAGCAAUCCAAUGGUAUUAAGUGUCUCUCCAACUUCACCACUUUCCAAGAAAUUAGGUUAUGGAGAUGUUAUUGUCUCCAUGGAUGGAAUCAAUAUUAAUGACCCCAAAGAAUGGAGGACGAAAUUGGCUUCAAUAGAGUCAAAAGCAGUUGAAAAUAUUGUAUACUCUGGGGACACACACAAUUUUUUCUCCUCCGGUAAUGGGAAAGGUUAUUGUGUUCCUGUUUCAUGGUUAGAGGAGAGCAGGAACCUUCAAGCUUUACCUGAUACAUCUGGUUGUCCUGAUGGGCUUAAAGCUUUUGUGGUUGAACCAUGUCCAAAUUCCACUUUUCUUCAUAAAGUUGAUGCUCUAAACAGUACUGGGCAAAGAGUUGAUGACAUGUAUUGUUUGGUUGCAAAAGAUAUUGUGGGCCUCCAAAAAUGUGGGGAUGGAUGGCCAACUCCUGAGACAGGCAACAACAGCUGUUCAUGUCCUGAGGGAGAAUCCUGCCUUAGUCGUGUGAAAGUACCUGGGUCCACAUGGCUUGAGGUUGGAUAUUCAACUCCGUAUGAGUUCGGGUGCUUUUAUGGUGAGCAAAGAAGGAAUUGUGGGGGGAGUUUUGUAAUUGAAGAUAAUGCUCUCUCCAUUGCUAAAUCUGUUCAGCUAACAGCAUAUCGGCCACGCUGGUUCUUCUUUUCUAAUGGAUAUUUUCCAGCUGCACUUGAAAAUUUGCUAGCAUUUACUCUCCACAUAUCUGCAGGCCUGGCUCUGCUCAACGUCUUGCCGGUAGUUCGACUAGAUGGUGAUUGUAUAAUGGAAGUUGCUGUGUCAUCCUUUACUUGGUGGAGCCCCAGAAGACGAUCAAAGCUUCUGAAAUUACAGAUAUUUUGCAUUGGCCAACGGCCGUCCGAUUUUCGCCGGUCCAAAUUCCUUGUACCAGUGGUUGUGUUCGGGCUUGGGCCGGUUUAUUUUUAUUCUGGCUCGAACUUCAAAGCAAGUUCCUCAGCGGCACAGUCUACCGAUGACCCAACGAAGAAUCUACGGUGACUCCGAAGCAACUUUCAUUUAUUAGGAUUAGGAAGAGGCUUG